AUGAGGACGUCUUCUGCUGUAUGGGCUGCCGCCCUGGCAGUCAUGUCUGUCCAGGGUCCUAUACUAACCACCGCCGAGGCCGCCCCCGCACCUCAGCAAGGUGCCGAGCCUGGACAACAAAUGCGAUACUACUUCCCUCGCCCUGUGAAAAGACAGAAUGCUCUGCAAAACACGACCAGUUCCUCUACUUCCUCUUCGACGUCUGAAGCCGAAACAUCGACCUCAGACCCUUGGAAAGCAUUCACUUCCUUCUUCUCUGGAUCCCAGGAUCCUUCUUCGGCAUCAUCAUUCGACUUCCAAGAUCUUUUCUCGACCGCUUCACCCUCUUCUGCGCUGGACGCAGCAGCGGCUGCGACCAGCGACUCUACCGACUCCGACACUCCCGCGACUACUUCUAGCACCGUCGAUACCCUUGUCGCACCAACUGGCUCGUCAGUCUCUACCACGAUUCUUCCCACCGCAUCUGCCGAUUCGAUCACAUCCCAAGAGACUUCGUCCUCGAGCGAGAACACCGUCAGUUCAGCGGCAACUGAAGUUUCGCCAUCUACCGAGCCUUCUUCAAGUGCUACCACCUCCGUCGCAUCUACUGGCAAUGUUGCAACUGAAUCGGUUUCGCCAACUGUUGCAUCUCCUUCAACAGUUGCGCCUUCUACCGAGCUCACCUCCUCUGUCGCAUCCACUGGUGUCAUGACUUCGGAGAGCGUACAACCCACAACCUCCUCAUCUUCUGCGGCCCAGCCGACAUCAUCCGUGGUUUCUACAGACGAGUCUACCUCGGACAGCGUUCAAUCAUCUGAAGCCUCUGUGGGAUCAACUGGAGUGGUUUCCUCCGAGAUUGUUCAGCCGACCGCGCCAUCUUCCUCGGCCUCGGUCGCAUCAACCGACAGUCUCCCUUCGAUCGUCAUUCAAUCCACUGCCUCGUCUUCGGUUGCUUCGACUGCACAGAUUACUACUGAAAGCGUCGAGCCUACUGCACCUUCAAGCGUCGUUGCUUCGACUGGCAUUGUCACUUCUGAGAGCGUCCAGCCCACACCCCUUCUUCCGUCGCCUCGACUGGAGGUGUAA